AUGGGAAACAGCUCCCUUUGGGAUGAUCUGAACAGCACCUGUGGCAAUGCAGGCAACAGCUGCUACCUGGACAGCAGCAUGAGGUUCAACUUAACCUUCCAGGAGCCAGCAGCUGAUUUCUACGUGGUGCUGCCCGUGAUGUACUCCAUGAUCUGCGCCGUUGGGCUCACCGGCAACACCGCUGUCAUCUACGUGAUCCUCAAGGCCCCCAAGAUGAAGACUGUGACGAACAUGUUCAUCCUCAACCUCGCUAUAGCUGACGACCUCUUCACACUCGUCCUGCCCAUCAACAUUGCCGAACACCUGCUCCACUACUGGCCCUUUGGAGAAGUCCUCUGCAAGGUCAUCCUGUCCAUAGACCACUACAAUAUCUUCUCCAGCAUUUACUUCCUAACGGUGAUGAGCAUAGACAGGUACCUGGUGGUGCUUGCCACGGUCAGGUCCAAGAGGAUGCCCCACCGGACCUACCGGGCAGCCCGGAUCAUCAGCCUCUGCAUCUGGGUCCUGGUCACCAUCAUAGUUCUGCCCUUCUUCAUCUUUGCCAAUGUCUACAUAGAUGACCUGGAGAUCAAGAGUUGUGGUCUCAAUUUCCCCAAGCCUGAAAGGUUUUGGUUCAAAGCCAGCAGGAUCUAUACCCUCAUCCUUGGCUUUGCCGUUCCAGUGUCCACCAUCUGCAUCCUCUACACCAUGAUGCUCUACAAGCUGAGGCACAUGCACUUGAACUCCAACGCCAAAGCCCUGGACAAGGCUAAGAAGAAGGUCACUGUUAUGGUCUUCAUAGUCCUGGCUGUGUGUCUCUUCUGUUGGACGCCCUUCCACCUGGCCACCAUCGUGGCUUUGACCACUGACUUGCCCCAGACCUCCAUGGUCAUUGGCAUCUCCUACUUCAUCACCAGCCUCAGCUAUGCCAACUCCUGCCUGAAUCCCUUCCUGUAUGCCUUCCUGGACGACAGCUUUCGGAAGAGCUUCCGGAAGAUGCUGGAGUGCAGAACUUCUUGA